AAUACCGUUCUUUCCAACUGCAAUAACUGAAGCGGGUUCGAGCAUAAUAGGGUUUCGUUAUGGCUCUGUUUUGCUCACCCUAUAAUAAAAGCUUAACUUCAAUUUCCCCAUCGUUCACAUCAUCUUCUAUUCCAAAAGCCUCGGCUUUCAAUUCCCCAUUUCCUCCCAUUUUUAGUUCCGAAAGGGUUUCAAACUUUACACCGCGCAUUUCGAUUGACCUGUCUCAGAAGAAACCUCAUUUACCCAAGUGCUCAGAUUCUUCAGUUGAGCCAGAUAAUACUGCAAAUUCUACUACAAUUAUAUUCCUGAAAGGACUAGCAAAAUCUACAGCGGAGGGAAGAUUGAAGGUGGUAUUUUCACAAUUUGGAGACGUCAGCCGAGUCAAAAUCGUUACAGAUAAGAUAAGUAAGCAACCUUUGGGGUUUGCAUAUAUCUGGUUUCUCGAUAAAGAAUCUGCACAAUGUGCUGUCCAAGAGAUGAAUGGAAAGUUCUUAGAUGGCAGGUUUAUACAGGUUCAGAUGGCUAAGCCUGGAUCUUGCAAGCCUAAUGUCAAGACAGCACCUUACAAGUUCUAGGCAACUCCGGUCUGCUCCUGGCAAGCAUUAAUAGCCCAUGUAAGGUUUCCAAAUUAAGGAUAUCCGGAUAUGAAUGAAUCCAUAAUUCAGGAGCACUCGAGCAAGCCUCGCAGACAACCACAAGGAGCUAUCCGAUGCUAAUGAUACCUGAACUUGGCUACUAUUGCUCCUUUGUUGAUAUAGACUUGAGGUCGUGCUCUGCAUAUGUUUACUCUGUAUCUGCGGUAUCUUUUGGCAGUUUAUAAGGGACUCCGACUUAAGGGAGAAAAGAAGCUAGUUCAAGACUUCAAAUGUAUUCCGCUAUGUUGGUUUUUGUUUGACCCAAAAUUUAGGUCUAGAUUUAAACAAUUAGAUUUUCUAAUAAAAUAGAGUUAAUCUUAGUCAA